AUGCCUGGCCUGGUAUCAGCUACCGGAGUGCUGGGCUUCCUGGCCGAUGAGGAACACGACCUCAAGGUCUUCGCCCUCCAGACCCUCAACGAUGACAUUGAUACUGUCUGGACUGAGGUCGCUGGAGCUUUGAGUCAAAUUGAGGCUCUCUAUGAAGACGACUCCUUCCCCCAACGGCAGCUGGCCGCACUCGUCCUGGCAAAGGUCUACUACCAUCUCCAGGCCUACAACGAGAGUAUGACCUUUGCCCUGGCCGCUGGCGAUCUCUUUAAGCUCGAUGCCCCCGGCGAAUUCGAGGAGACCAUCAUUUCCAAGUGCAUCGACCAGUACAUUGCCGCCUCCUCCGCCAAGCACACCGUCCCCAAGUCGCCCAAGAACGACAACUCCCUGCCAGCUCUUGCGACGACAUUUGCGAGCGGUGCCGCCGACGGAUCCGCCCUGAUCUCCCCCACGACGCCCUUCUCUCAGACGACACUUCCUUCCAAGUCGCUCCUCUCCCGAGUCUCGACCGACAACACCAUUCUCGAUCCCACAUUCCAGCCCGUCAAGGAAGGUCGCUCCGGCUCCGUCGCCCCCAUCAACGACCAGGCCACACAAAAUGCUCUGCAGCGCAUCAUUGAGCGUUUGUUUGAGGCCUGCCUGAAGGAUGGCAGGUAUCGUCAGGUUGUUGGCAUUGCUGUCGAGGCCAAGAACUUGGAGGUUCUUCGCCGCGUUAUCAAAAGGGCCAGCGAAGACGAGAAGAAGUCAAAGUCCAAGGCACAAGACGGCCAGGGACCCGCUGAGGAGCUCAUGGAGUACGCCCUGAGCAUAUGCAUGGAUAUUGUCCAGGAACGCAGCUUCCGUACCGAGAUCCUCCGCCUCAUUCUCGACUUGCUCAACGAGAUCCCCAACCCCGACUACUUCGCCAUCGCCAAGUGCGUGGUGUAUCUCAGCUCGGACGAGGAGGCCUCUCGCAUGCUGAAGCAGCUCGUCACUGAUGGCGGCCCCAACUCGAUUGCCAGCGCAUACCAGAUCGCCUUCGACCUGUACGACAAUGGUACUCAGGAAUUCUUGGGCAAAAUUAUCAACUCUCUGCCUUCUGGAGAGCCUGCCAAGCCCCCCGCUAGCGAUGCCACCGAGGACGAGCCUCUCCUCGAGAACCAGCAAUCUUCCGAGGAGGAGGUUUCCGAUGACCUUGCCAAGGUCUACAAGAACAUUCGCUCCAUUCUCGACGGCAGCAAGACCAUCCAAUUGAACCUCGAGUUCCUCUACAGGAACAACCGCACCGACUUGAGCAUUCUGAACAAGGUCCGCGAUAGUUUGGAGGGUCGCAACUCCAUCUUCCACACUGCUGUCACCUUCUGCAAUGCUUUCAUGAACCAAGGCACCACCAACGACAAGUUCUUCCGCGACAACCUCGAGUGGCUUGGAAAGGCCGUCAACUGGUCCAAGUUCACCGCGACGGCUGCUCUUGGAGUCAUCCACCGCGGCAAUCUGACACAAUCACGAAAGCUCCUCGAGCCCUACUUGCCCCGCCAGAGCGGUUUGAGCAGCGGCUCCAUUUACAGCCAGGGCGGUGCUCUCUACGCCUACGGUUUGAUCCACGCCAACCACGGUGCCGAUGCCCUCGAGUACCUCAAGACUCAGUUCACGUCCGCAGAAGAGGAGGUUAUCCAGCACGGUGGCGCGCUUGGUCUGGGUAUUGCAGGCAUGGCUACCGGCUCCGAGGAGAUCUUUGACAACUUGAGAACCGUUCUGUUCACCGACUCCGCCCUUAAUGGUGAGGCCGUCGGUCUUGCCAUGGGUCUCAUUAUGCUUGGCACGGGCAACGUGCGUGCCCUGGAGGACAUGAUUACCUACGCUCACGAGACGACUCACGAGAAGAUCGUUCGCGGUCUGGCUAUUGGCAUGGCUCUGAUCAUGUACGGUCGCCAGGAGGGUGCCGAUGCCAUGAUCGAGGGGCUCCUCAACGACCCCGACCCGACUCUGAGAUAUGGUGGCAUCAUGACCGUUGCUCUCGCCUACUGCGGUACCGGCAGCAACAAGGCCAUCCGCAAACUGCUUCACACUGCCGUCAGCGACGUCAACGACGAUGUCCGCCGCAUUGCCGUCAUGAGCUUGGGUUUCAUCCUCUUCCGUAAGCCCGGCAGCGUUCCUCGCAUGGUCGAGCUUCUUUCCGAAUCGUACAACCCCCACGUGCGGUACGGAUCUGCCAUGGCUCUGGGUAUCUCUUGCGCCGGUACCGGUCUCGACGAGGCCAUUGACCUUCUCGAGCCGAUGAUGAAGGACCCCACCGAUUUCGUUCGCCAGGGUGCCCUUAUCUCCCUGGCCAUGAUCAUGAUCCAGCAGAACGAGGUAAUGAACCCCAAGGUUGCAGCAAUCCGCAAGACUUUGAAGAAGGUUGUGGGCGACCGUCACGAGGAUGCCAUGACCAAGUUUGGUGCCUCCCUGGCGCUCGGUAUCAUUGACGCUGGCGGACGCAACUGCACCAUUGGACUCCAGACCCAGACUGGCAACCUGAACAUGGCCGGCAUCGUUGGCAUGGCUGUCUUCACUCAGUACUGGUACUGGUUCCCCUUCACCCACUUCCUCUCUUUGGCAUUCUCCCCCACUUCAAUCAUCGGUCUCGAUCACGAACUUGAAAUUCCCAGCUUCAAGUUCCACUGUGCUACCCGCCCCAGCCUGUUCGACUAUCCUCCCGAGCAGGAGGUCAAGGCCGAGGAGGGUCCCGCGAUGGUUGCUACGGCCAUUCUGUCCACCACUGCGCAGGCCAAGCGCAGAGCCCAGAAGAAGGAGCGUGCUCAGCGCCGGGAGAGCAUGGAUAUUGACACUGCCAAGCCUGCUGUUUCCGACAAGAUGGAUACGGACGAGAAGAAGGAAGACAGCAAGGAUAACAAGGAAGGCGAGGCUACUGAGAAGGAGGCCUCUGCUCCUGCGGCCGACACCAAGAAGAAGGCAGAAAAGGAAAAGGUCGGGUACGACAUGGAGAACAUGUCGCGUGUGCUGCCGGGCCAGCUCAAGUACAUCAGCUUCCCUGCUGGUCGCUACAAGCCCGUCAAGAAGCCUACCGGUGGACCUCUCCUGCUGCAGGAUACGCAGCCCGACGAGGAGAAAUCUCUUCUCGAGGAGAAACUCAAGAAGGUGACGACGGAGAAGGCUCCUGUUGCCGGGCAAAGCAACGCCGGUGGCUCAUCGGCCGGUCUGACCCCGAGGCAACAACAAAACAUCAUUUCUCAGGCCCUUAGAGCAGGCGCUGGCGGAGAUCUUCGCUCGCUUAACGAGCUGAGCGAGCUUCUCGGCCGCCAGAGGAGAGGUGAUCUUGCUGGUGCGACCGACGAGAGUGGUGCAGCGGCGGCAGCUGGUGUUCUUACUGCCGUUGACGAGGAUGGAGAGGGAGACGAGGAGGCGACGGUGCCGGGAGAGUUCGAGUACUUCACCGACAACGAGGAGAAUGAGGACGAGGACUAG